GAUGUCGGUCAGUCGUACAGAUGUGAAGGUGUUCUCCGGAUCUCCCUCCCUCUCCAUCUCCCUGUGUUUUAUGUCUGCGUCACAACAAGUCGAAGGAGAGCGAGGCAGAGAUGAUGAUGGCGUCUCUCUCGGGCUGAUUCUCAUGCCGCUUCCCUGCCGAACACGCAUGAUAGCAGCAACCGAGAGACAGAGGGAGGCUGGGAACAUGAAGCAGAAGACAGACAGAGAGAGAGACGGACAGACGGUUGCGCACUGACGGCUUGAGUGACGCGCGUUUGAUCCGCCGCGACUCUCCAAACGCGCCGAUUAUUCGGGACAGUGAUUGAGACGCAGAACAACACCGGGCAUCAGGCGUUUCAUGUGAGACUGACAUCUCUUCCCCGUCUCUGUGACCCCAGCAGAGCAGAACACUUAACACAGGAUGGGGGGAGUUAGUGAAGGAGAGGAUGUUUUAGCCAGGUGGAGUGAUGGACUUCUGUACCUUGGCAAUGUCAAACGAGUGGACAGCAUCAAGCAGUGCUGUUUGGUUAGAUUUGAGGAUAACUCUGAAUUCUGGGUCCUCAGGAAAGACAUCCACUCGUUCUCUUCAGGUGGAGAGAAGGUGUGCUGUAUCUGUGAUGCUCCACCUCUUAAAGAACCUCUUGUAAACUGCCUCAAAUGUCGCCAUGGUUAUCAUCCAGAGUGCCACACACCACCCAUUGAACCUGAAGUUGACCCCAACAGCUGGAUAUGUCGCCAAUGUGUCUUCGCAGUCGCAACAAAGAGAGGGGGAGCGUUAAAAAGAGGACGUUUCGCACGGCUCAUGCAGAUCAUGAAAGUGCGACUGCCCUAUCAGCUGUCAUCUUUAGACUGGGACCCUCAGCACUUGACCAACCAGCAGCAGUGUUACUGCUAUUGUGCCGGACCAGGAGAGUGGAAUCUGAAGAUGUUGCAGUGUGGGAGUUGUGGGCAGUGGUUUCAUGAAGCUUGCACUCAGUGCCUGACCAAACCUCUUCUCUAUGGAGACCGUUUUUAUCAGUUCCAGUGCUCAGUGUGCACAAAUGGUCCAGAGACCAUCCAGAGGCUUCCAAUGACCUGGGUAGAUUUGGCCCAUUUGGUGCUGUAUCAUCUCUCCCUGUGCUGCAAGAGGAAGUAUUUUGAUUUUGAUCAUGAAAUCAUGUCUUUUGCCAAUGAAAAUUGGGAAUCUUUGCUUCUUGGCACGCUGUCAGACACACCGAGGCAAGACCGUUGCCAAAACCUGCUCAAUGCUUUAAAUUCCCACAAAGACAGGUUUGUUUCGGGGAAGGAAAUAAAGAAGAAGAAGUGUCUCUUUGGUCUUCAAGUUCGGGCUCCUCCCCCUCUGUCAUCAGACCAAUCACCUUUCAUCGCCGAACAGCCAAUCAACAUCACCCACAGGAGAAGCCCCUCGUCACUGCCCUACCAGCGGAGAGGGGUGGGUCCGGAGGCCCGUAAAUCAAAGCGUCGGGUCACUGAGACACAGACUUGUCCAACAGGAGAUGCGACAAAUGCUAUUGACCUGGUGCCAUGUUGCCACGGUUACGUUGAUGGAACAAACCUGUAUAACCCUAGAAAACAAGAGGAAGAGAUGAAUUUGGGUUCACCCCCCAAGAGAAUGUAUGCGCUCUAUCACCCUUCAUGCAACGGAUCUCAGGACCUGUCUAGAACUCUGCAUCAUUACAGUGCAGAGGACCCUUGUCGACUUCCAGCCCCCUGCCUUCCAUUCUCUAUGACCUCGGCUCACCCAACCGGACAGCGCUAUGAAAGCUGCCCGUCUCUCUUCCUGCAUGACGUGCCACCCUACCCCAGUACAGUCGGUAUCGGUGGGCCCACACCGAUGGGGUGGGGGGGAAGCGACUCCGUCAGGAUCCUGGCCAGACGCAUAACACCGGACGGAAAAGUCCAGUACCUAGUGGAAUGGGGAAAUGUGAACGUGUACUGAGAACCUGUGUGCGACAGAGAAAGAGGAAAGGGCUAGAGACAUCAAGAUGCAUCAUUAGAGUUUGCAUGGUUACGAGCAGAGGUGUGAAAGCAUCAAUGAGCAGGUGGGUGUUCUGAGGUCGGGAGAAGAAAACCACAUCUAGCAAAUCCAGGUUGAGCUACACAGCAGCUUCACUCUGAGAUUAUACUGUUAAAUCUCUUACACGUUCUUUUACAGUGUCUCCUAUAUUUUGAAUACUGUUAGAAAACGCCUUUAGAAUGCCUUGAACUUUAUUAUCAUGAUUUGUAUAAGCUAUUCAUCACUUGUUGUUCAUGUACACAUAUCGGUCAGAAAUUUCAGGAAAGCUUCAUCAUGCGGUCACAUCAAUAAUUGUAAUAUUUUAAGGACAGGGAAAUGAGUGCUCCUCUAAAAAUAGUCAUUAAAGAACUAUUCCAGGUUUAGUCCAAGUUAAACUCAGUAGACGGCAAUUGUGGCAUAUUGUUAAUUACUAAAAAAUUAUUUCCACUUCCAAAAAUGUUGGUUACACUUAAAAUGGAAGUGAAGGAGGCCAGACUGUUAAUGUUACAAUGCUAGUAGUUUACUAAUUUAUUUUCUACAAAUUGACCCUGUUAAUUCCAUUGUAAAUUCUUCAAAAUAAUCUUGAUAUUUGCAACUUUUUAUUUAUUUGUUUAUUUAAGAAAAUGAGGGAUUAAGAUUAUGCUAGAAAUGCUGUUGAACUUUUACAGAACCCUGGAAUAUUCCUUCAAUAGCAAGCAGGCAAGAAACUUUUCAUGAUGGGUGG